AUGGAGGAAGUGAAACAAAACAUGUUAUUUGGAAAGUACGAGGUGGGAAGAGUACUAGGUAAAGGAACAUUCGCAAAAGUGUUCUACGCGAAAGAAGUUUCCACAGGUGAAGGAGUAGCAAUUAAGGUUAUAGAGAAAGAAAAAGUGAGAAAAGAAGGAAUGAUGGAACAAAUCAAACGCGAAAUCUCCGUCAUGAGUUUAGUAAAACAUCCAAACAUCGUAAACCUCAAAGAAGUCAUGGCGACAAAGACAAAGAUCUUGUUCGUCAUGGAGUACGCUCGAGGUGGCGAAUUAUUCGACAAGCUCGCCAAAGGAAAAUUCAAAGAAGAAAACGCGAGAAAAUACUUUCAACAACUUAUUAGCGCGGUUGAUUAUUGUCAUAGUCGCGGUGUUUCACACCGCGACUUAAAACCAGAGAACCUUUUACUCGACGAAAACGAGAAUCUUAAGGUCUCUGAUUUUGGUCUCUCGGCAUUGCCUGAACAGCUACGCCAAGACGGACUUUUACAUACUCAAUGUGGGACUCCGGCGUACGUGGCGCCGGAGGUUGUUAGAAAAAAAGGUUAUAACGGUUUUAAGGCGGAUACUUGGUCAUGUGGUGUUAUUCUAUAUACUUUACUUGCUGGAUUUUUACCUUUUCAACAUGAGAAUUUGAUUUCCAUGUAUAAUAAGGUUUUCAAAGAAGAGUAUCAAUUUCCACCGUGGUUUUCAUCUGAUUCGAAGAGGCUAAUCUCGAAGAUUCUCGUGGCGAAUCCUGAAAGAAGAAUCAAUAUUCCUUCGAUCAUGAACUCACCAUGGUUUCGAAAAGGUUUGAGUUUCAAUGCUAAUUCAAAUGAUAAUUUGGAACUGGAAUUGGAAUCAAAGGUUAAUUUGAUUGAUUCUUCUUCACCUGAAUUCUUCAAUGCGUUUGAGUUUAUUUCAACUAUGUCUUCGGGUUUUGAUCUUUCGGGUUUGUUUGAGGAAAAGAAAAAAAGAGGUUCGGUUUUUACUUCAAAGUGUUCGGUUUUAGAGAUAGUGACAAAAAUUGAAACCGCUGCGAAAAGUUUAAGGUUUAAGGUUAAGAAAAUGAAGGAAUUUAAACUUAGGUUACAAGGGAAUGUUGAAGGGAGAAAAGGAAAGUUGGCGGUUACGGCGGAGAUAUAUGAGGUGGCGCCGGAGCUAGCGGUGGUUGAAUUUUCGAAAAGCUCCGGUGAUACUUUUGAGUAUGUGAAGUUGUUUGAAGAUGAGGUUAGGCCAGCACUCAACGACAUUGUUUGGUCGUGGCAAGGGGAGUGA